AUGGCUGCCGCUGCUGCGCGAGCUGGCAGGUCCUGUCUCUACCGCCGGUCACCAAUAUCUAUCCAGUACAGACAAUUCCUAAACGACCCAUUCCCUUCUCGACCCCAGCCAUUUCGCCCCCUCCAUGGUCGCCUGCCAUUACAACAACGCAGGACCUUCUCGAACAGUAGGAGGCUAUGGGAAGAAGAGAAGGGGAAAAGAGACAACGAGAGCUUCAGCUCCAGGCUAGGAAAAGCAUGGCGGUCAACCCGCAUAGAAUGGAAGCCUAUUCCCGUUGGCCUGGGUAUUGCCUUUCUCGGUCUGUUCCAAUUCAUACGCAUUCGCCAGCGAGAAGCCGCUGCUCGGGAAGCCGAACCUCCUCCCCCCAAGAGGAAGAGGAUUCAUCCAUCAGGAGGCGGCUGGCAGGUCCAGAUCAUGUCCACCCUUCCCUUGAAGGCGAUAUCUAGAGUCUGGGGCCGCUUCAACGAGCUCACCAUCCCCUAUCACCUCCGCGUUCCAGGCUUCAGGCUCUACGGCUGGAUCUUCGGCGUCAACUUCGACGAAAUAGCUGAACCUGACCUCCACGUUUUCCCAAACCUGUCUGCUUUCUUCUAUCGCGAGAUCAAACCCGGAAUCCGGCCCCUUGACCCCGAUCCCAAUGCUGUCCUCUCCCCCGCCGAUGCCAGAGUCCUCCAAUUCGGUACAAUCGAGAAUGGCGAAGUUGAGCAAGUCAAGGGAAUGACAUAUUCUGUCGACGCCCUGCUGGGGAGGAUUGCACCCCCUUCACCCAACUCGCUAAUCCCCCCACAACCCAAACGUCAGCCACAAUCGGGGCCACCAGACAGCCCGGACGCAAAAGCCAUUUCGGCCGAUGAAGAAUUCGCCAACGUUAAUGGAAUCUCUUACACUCUCCCUGACCUUUUCUCAGGCUCGAAAUCGUCUUCAACCCAACUCCAAAGUCAUGACGCAUCCAUGCCUUCCGCUCCAUCAUCCGAAGCCGCCGUGUCGGCCGACCUGGCAAGCAGGCAACCAUGGUGGUCUAUUUUCUCCCAUCCGACCAGAUCAUCAAACCUGUACUAUGCCGUUGUCUACCUCGCGCCAGGCGACUACCACCGCUUCCACUCCCCCGUCAGCUGGGUAUGCACAGCUCGCCGCCACUUCGCAGGGGAAUUAUACUCCGUCAGUCCCUACGUUCAACGGACGCUUCCGGGGCUAUUCACCCUCAACGAACGGGUCGUGCUCCUGGGAAGGUGGAAGUACGGUUUUUUCUCCUACGUCCCUGUCGGCGCCACGAACGUCGGCUCCAUCGUGAUCAACUUCGACAAGGAACUCCGCACCAACUCGCUCACCACAGACACAGAGGCGGACAGACAAGCCGCCGCCGCGGCCGAAAGAGGCGAGCCGUAUUCCGGAUUCAGCGAAGCCACAUACGAUAAUGCGAGCAGGGUGCUGGGCGGGCACGCACUGCGCAGAGGGGAAGAGAUGGGCGGAUUUAGAUUGGGGAGUAGCGUCGUGCUGGUUUUCGAGGCCCCGGCGGGCACGGAGUCGAAGCCGGGCUUCAGAUGGGCCGUCGAGAAGGGACAGAAGGUCAAAAUGGGUCAGGCCCUGGGCUAUGUCGUCGAUGAAGAGUAG